CUUCCAUGUUCCUCGACUCCGCAUUCAGCAUUCAUCCAUCGAUCCACCAUUUUUUAGUUUCCUUGGUCAGAUUACGACUAUCGGAACACGAUCAACACCACCCUUCCUCUACAUAUACUAUGACUUCCCAUUACAAACCCGACGACACACUAAUAGAAGAGCUUACAAAAAAAGUUGAUGACAAUAAAAUCACAAUCAAGCCGAAGGCGCUUGCAGUCACUUGGGGCAAAGACUCUCGCUAUUGGGAUAUCAAUGACAAAGAGAAUAAGGAGGGCUCGAUCACAUUGAAUCAAGUGUCAUGGCUCGAGGUGACCGGUAGUUUCUCGAUUAACGGCCUAACCUGUGGCAAGUAUAACCUCAAUUUCAAAGUGGCGUUGAAGCCGAACGCGUUUGGAUGGCAAGGUACCCCGGUGUACUUCUUCGUGAUCAAUCCGAUGUCCGGCAAGAGGAUAUGGAAGAAAAGGGAUUUGAGCACCCUAAAGAAAGACGGGAAAGAAGCGUCUGUACCUGACGAUCUCAAUUUCGAAUUCACGGCAGACCCCAAGCCUCAAGUCUCCCAAAUCAAUUUUGGAUUGUAUGAGAUAUGGAAGGGGGGAUGGAAGGGAGGCCUAGAAAUCCGAGAAGUUGUUAUCGAAAAAAUUAAAGCCUAAACAAUUAUACUAGAAGAAGAAUAAGUAAUAUGAUAAUCGACAUAAUAAAUUAAGGAUUGAGUGGAUAUGUUUCUACGUUUGUUUGUGCUUGUGAUUAAGCAUGUAAUCCAAUCCUUGGAUGCUUGUAGCCAUAAUAAAUAGUGUGUUUUUGUGUGUAA